GCCGCGCGCUCUGGAGCCUAUGCGAAACUAAUAAAUAAUAAUGUCUUCGUUACGAGCAAAUUACACCAGUUGCAGUGUUGAUGGGUGUAGAAACAACAAAAGGAAUAAACAUUUAUCGUUUUUUGCCCUACCGGGAGACAAGGAAAUGCGAAACAGAUGGUUAGAAAUCAUAGAUAGAACUGAUCUAUUAGAAAAAGAAGAUUUGAAACCAAGAAACUACGUCGUUUGUUCAGCUCAUUUUGAAAAAGACAUGAUUAUACAGACACCUCGCCUAAGGCCAGAAGCAUUGCCUACCAAGUAUAUUCCAGAAGUGUCUAAUAAUUCUACAAGUACCACUGAAACAACCAGGGAUGUAUCUACACAAACGGAUUGGGAAGUCAACAUAACAUGUAUUAAAGCAAAUGUUACAUCCAAAUCCGUAGAAACACAAACGGAUGAAGAAAGAAAUGUUAAAGUGCAAACAUCUCUAGGUCUUUCUACUGGUACCCUAAGGAAAAGGAAACUUCGGACAGGACUACAGGACCCUGAAGAAAAUAGAAGAAAAUUAGAAAUAGUUAAGAAGAAAAUAAUGAGACUACAGAAAAUUGAAAAAGAACUUGAAGGUGAUACCCGUCACUCACGCUCCGGGACCUCCGGGUGGGAAGUUGUAGAUAUGUGACCUCAAAACUAAUGUUCCUAACAAUG